UUCAGGGUGGAAGUGUACGUAUUUCCUCUGAUCUGCGCCUUCUCUUGUACUUUUCUUUUGUCGUCACGCAGGCGGCAUGUGGUGCCAGUUCGUUUUGCUUCAAACUUCAUCUUGUCAUAUAGUUCGCUGAUGAGAACACCCCACACAGACUUGCAUGUACUCUGCCAUAUAGGCUUCCCUACUCAAGUAUCUACAGACAAUUCAAGAUACUUGCCAUCACUCACCCUUAACCUAUCCUGCAGACUUGUGUUGAGCUCACGCAGUAACAAUGGCCGACGACGACAACUUCGAUAUCGAUAUCUAUGGCGACGACACAUCACCAGACUAUCAGGAUUCGAGUCUGCAGAAUGACGUAAAACAGGGGGACUCUACGCCAAUGCAGACUGAUAGUAAUGCGGAUAACUCAACGGCGCCUAAUGCCAACAAUUCGAGUGGCCCAGAGAAGGCAGAUGUAAAGCCAGAAGAAAACUCACACCAGGAGAAUGGCACGCAGCAAAUCUCAAGUACUGGUGGAUCUGCGAACGAUCAGAUUCAGAUGCCGAAACAGGCCCCUCAGCAGCAGGGACUCAAGCGAAAACAGGGCGAAGUCGAUGAUCGCCCAACAGACCCUGGCGCAACUUCCGCCUUGAUGAUUAAUGAUCUCAGUUGGUGGGUUAGCGAGGACGAUAUCCGCGGUUGGGCGAACCAGAGCGGCUGCGAAGAUGAGCUCCUUGAUGUCACCUUCAACGAGCACAAAGUCAACGGGAAAAGCAAAGGCCAAGUAUAUGUGCACUUGCAAACUCCACAAGCCGCGACUGCUCUUAAGCACCAACUCGAGAAUUUCUACAAAGAUCAGGCGCAUGCGAAGAAGCCUUCCGCGAUCUUCAAUCCGCCUCAUGUUAAUCCAUUCAAGACCCUCCCGAAGGACGUUCCCGCUCGCGACAAGAAAGGCACUGGAAAUUUCGGUGGCAACCAGGGAGGAGGAGGAAAUUAUAACAGAUUCAACAACAAUCGAGGAAACUUUAACAACCGCGGCAACCAAAACAACAUGGGAUUCCAGAACCGAAACUUCUCUGGCCCGGCCGGCGGAAAUAUGGGUGGCAACAUGGGUGGAAACAUGGGCGGCGGCUAUGGUGGUAAUAACUCCAUGAAUAACUUCGGAGCCAAUCCAAUGGGAGGUAUGAAUAACUUCAACGGCGGAGGCUUCAACCGUGGCGGCAUGAUGGGCGGAAACAUGCGAGGGGGCAUGAACAACCGCGGCGGUCGCGGGGGCAACAUGGGCAUGAACAACAUGGGCGGUAUGAACAUGCCAAUGGGUGGCAACAUGAUGGGAAUGGGUGGAGGUAUGAUGGGGAUGGGCAACAACAUGGGUAACAUGGGCAUGAUGGGCGGUAUGGGUACGAAAACAUUUCAUUGGGGUCCAGGUGGCUUUAGUGGCAACCAGCCUCAUUUCAAUCCGGCCUUCUUCAACCAGAAUCAGGGCGGCAAUGAUGGCAAUUGGAAUCCUCAUGGCGCAAAGCGACCACGACCUGAAUAGAUCGUUCUGGGUCAUAGGCUGAGCCGCUGCUCUAUCC